UCAAAAUUAGCGUGCUCCAAAUCCAAUUAGUUAUUAGCUAUUUCCGUACAAAUACCAACCUUGUGCCUCUUGUAGAAUUAUUCAGAUCGAAGAGAGAGUAGAGUGUUUGUGUGUGUUUUUUUCUGCAAACACUUCAUCUCUAACAGAUUUAUCAAUGGCGUCACUUCAGAAAACUUUUGUGUUUGAUGAAGUCGCUAAGCAUAAUAAGAUUGAUGACUGCUGGAUUAUCAUAUCCGGAAAGGUCUAUAAUGUUACCCCAUUUAUGGAUGAUCAUCCCGGAGGUGGUGAAGUUAUGCGGAAAGCAACAGGCAAAGACGCGACAGUCGAUUAUGGUGAUGUUGGACACAGCGCUGCAGCUAACGAAAUGAUGGGAAAAUAUUAUAUUGGCGAGUUUGACCAAUCAACUAUUCCCGCGAAAAGAUCAUACAUCUCAUCUACUACCGAUAAGAUUAACAAUUUAAAGUCUCCAAAGUUCUUCAUCAAGGUACUACUUGUUGGAAUCAUGGCUGCCGCAUUGAGAGUAUUGUUAGUCUCAUUCUAAUUUGUUUUAACCAAAGCGGUUAUGUUUAUCAAAUUUCAAAGGAUUAUUGGUUGUUUAUGAGCAUCUAUUCAAGAUAUGUCAAUGGUUUUUGGUUAUCUUUGUUUGGCACCUAUAUAUAUAUAUAUUUAAAUUUAAAUAUAA